CAAGCAAGCUCAGGAAAAAUUUAUCUCAGCACUGAUCACCCUGAUGGAUGAUUUUUGUAAAGUUAAUCUACCCAUCUUCUAACCGCUUAUUUUGGUCAGGAUCGCGGGAUUUUCCGUUACUAUAAGCACGAAGUUCAUAUAAACGUUACUUUAAGAAAUCAGUAGCGGUAUUCAGAGUUUCAGGACUUUGGUCGGUCAUUUGCUAAAAAGACAGAAAGUUGGUGUUUUCCUGAACGUUAAGCAUAACUUUCUGGCAGAGCGGGCAUAAGGAAUUCUUCCCUCCAAGCGGCUUUUUCUGUCUACGACGUCCGUGUCCCUUCUGGCGCUGUGAGCACGUCAAACCCCUCCUGGGUGUAUCCUGUCUCCUGUUUCUGCUCCCGAUGGCAGCCUAACGUUUCAGACGUGCUUACAGUUUAUUACGGGCAUGCUGAAGUGAUCUGCUACUUUUUAACAGGUCUAGUUGUAUCUCAUCUGCAUAAUCCUUUUCCAACAUCCGUGUCCUAGUGGGACCACAGGAAGACACGAAAAAAGAAAUAAAAACUACAAUAUCCUACGUAGUGCUUUUAAUACACGAGGGAGCGACUCUAUAGACCUCAGAUCCCGACUUUAAAAAUGCGGUUCGCAUUGAUAAUGGUGAUGCUUCUCCUCGCCAAUUUUGCUGAGGGUAAACAGAAGGAUUUUUACACUUUUAAGGUGGUGAAUAGCAGAGGGAAGCUGGUGUCUUUGGAGAAAUACCGGGGGUCGGUAUCGCUGGUGGUGAACGUGGCCAGCGAGUGCGGCUACACCGAGGAUCAUUACACUGACCUCCAGCAGCUCCAGCGAGACUUUGGGCCCUACCACUUCAACGUGCUGGCCUUCCCCUGCAACCAGUUUGGCCAACAGGAGCAAGGCAGCGACAAGGAGAUCGACAGCUUCGUGCGGCGUGUUUAUGGUGUCAGUUUCCCCCUCUUCAGCAAGAUCGCCGUGGUGGGAAGUGGGGCCAACAACGCUUACAAAUAUCUGGUUGAGUCUUCCGGAAAGGAGCCGAAUUGGAAUUUCUGGAAGUACCUGAUCGACGUGAAUGGGAAAGUGGUAAAUACGUGGGGGCCCACCACCUCUGUGAAAGAGAUCCGUCCACUGAUCUCAGACAUGGUGCGACAGAUCAUCCUGAAGAAGAAAGUGGAGCUUUAGGAUGCUGAAGCGGAAAGCUUGACAAGACGUCAGAUGGAGGAGGAGUGACUGAAGGUCAGAACUUAAGGGCCUGGUGCUACAUUCAUAGAGUGUUUUCAGGAAUCUCUAUGAAUCACACAAUAGUCUACAAAAAAAGGGGCAAUUAAGGCUAGUUAUAAUGAAGAGUAACGUUAACGACAUGAGAACAACGAUGAAAGUCGGCACGUCUGUCUUUGCAUUCAACAUGAAAACACGUUAAUUUGUUUUGAGUAUCCAUUCAUUCAUCCAUCCAAUGUGUGCUUAUCCUGUUCAGGGUCUGGGGCCUGGAAGCGUUCCAUUAAACUCUAUGAAAUUCAAUUUAUACUUUUAAUGCCUCAUAAAAGAGUAUUUUAACAAAAGGGAUAGAUCUGAAAGGGAUCAGAUAAGUUGAUCUGAACAGAAUUUUAAAAGCAAAAUAUAAUGUUUUUGUUUCUACAGUACCUUCAUCAUUAUUAGGGGCAUGAAACAAUAUUCUUUGGUGAGCAUUCACUUUUGCAGAUGUCAUAGAGCCAUGCAGAUAUUAUUUUGUUGAUAAUCAUCUUUACCGACGGGUGUAAUCAGGAAAACACAUUCCAUGCUAAAUUAUGGUCUUUUGGUCAGAAAAUGUGCCUUAACUAUUAUAUUACACAGAGGCACACGCUUGUGUGUCGCCCCAUUGUACCUGCUGGCUAAGGGGUGGGGCCCAGUGAGGGUCACGUUCCAUCCAAAUGAAUUUAUGCAUCAACACACCUUGGUGGGAAAAACUGAAAAACUUCUGAUCUUCCACUGUUGUGUUUCCUGCUGUAUAGCAGUCAUUUACAUAACCGCAUAAAUGUUACUGGGCUGCCAUCCAAGCGCUCUGUGUCUCAUUGUCAUUCCUUUUAAUUUUAGAAAUUCUUUAAUUCUUAGUUCACUCAGCAGGGCACUGGCAUCUUUGGGUCGUCCAUUUUAAGUGGCAUCAGUUUUCUUUUGUAAUUUUGUGUGUUUAGAAAUAAUAAAAAGAAAAACUUUUGUAAGCA